GGGAGCAACCAUGUGUUUGAACAGCGGGUACUCGUGCAACUGCCUGGCCGACGGCGGCCCUUGCGAGCCCUGCAGAAUAACCAAAGAUGCCGGGGACGCGGAGGGACACCAGCCCUUGCCCGGCGCCAUCAGUUCAGAGUCUCUGAACGAGCUUGAACACCCAGAGAAGACGUCCAGCCCUCCCUCCAAAGAACGGGACAGAAACUGGGGAUGGAUCCUCUCCGGGGUCAUUUUCAUCAACAUCCUGAUGCUCGGGAUCGCGCUCGUCAGCGGCAGCGCCUACAGCCAUGUGGACAUCAGUAUGUCUGAGCUACAGGUCUUCCUGGUAGUCAUCAUCAUCCUAACCUGCAUCUGGAUGGUUUACUACAUCAUCUUCACGGCUAGGAUCGAAAACGCCGUGGCUUACAGGGACGGACAUGCCGGCCCCAUCUGGCUUAGGGGAGGAAUGGUGUUGUUCGGACUGCUCAGCAUCAUCAUGGACAUUUUCAAGAUCGCGAGCUAUGUGGGCUACCUUCACUGCGAGUCGGCCAUCCACGUCAUUUUCCCCGGAGUGCAACUUGUUUUCAUUGUCGUGCAGACUUAUUUCAUGUGGGUCCACGCCAAGGACUGUGUCCAGCUCCAAAGAAACCUUACGCGCUGUGGUCUGAUGCUUUCCCUCUCCGUUAAUCUGGUCUUGUGGAUGGCAGCCGUCACGGACGAGUCCCUUCACCAAACGGCUCACCCGGAAGAACAUCAUGACAACGACACGCACAACGCGGAGGACGAUCACGCCAACGACACGCAUAAACUCUUCGGACGCAGCCUGUACAUCAGCAAAGCCAGUUUCGGCGAGGACGAGUGCGAAUGCAGCCAUAGUUCGUGCAGCCUUUUCCAAGGCGCCUACUUCUACUUGUACCCGUUCAACAUCGAGUACAGUCUCUUCGCCUCGGCCAUGGCCUACGUCAUGUGGAAAAACGUCGGCCGACUCACGCACAACCCCCACAACCACAGUCACGCCCACAAAUUCCACCUGAAGGACGCGUUGGUCGGCCCUUUGGUGGGAGUCCUUCUGGUCUUCGUGGGUUUGGCAACUUUCAUCGUGUAUGAGAUGGACAUGAAGAAGGCUGACAAUGACGAGAAGCGGGAUCACGCCCUCAUGAUCCACUUCGUCACCAAUAUAGUCAUUAUUUCCCUCAUGCUGGUGGCGACCCUCGUCGGCGCGACCGUCUACAAGCUGGACCGCAGGGAGCACGAUUCUGAAAAGAACCCCACACGCAGCCUGGAUGUAGGCCUCCUGGUGGGAGCCUCAAUGGGCCAGUUCAUUAUUAGCUACUUCACCAUAGUCGCCAUGGUGGCGCUCGGAGCCCCGGGCCUCCUGAACAGACUGAACCUGACCUUGGCUCUCCUGAUGGUGAUCCAGAUCGGCCUGCAGAACUUCUUUAUCGUCGAGGGUCUUCACAGGGAGCCUUUCCACGAGGAAGAGCACCACGAGCCCAUCCAUGUGGUGGCGAACCACCACAUCAUGGGGCUCCCUGGCAAAGAUCUGAGUGGCCUGGAAGGAUCGGAGAUAAGCUUCAAGCCCAGCCCGGGGCCGGGAGUGAGCCCAUUUGGCCACAUGCCACACUACCGACACAAGCUGUCGUGGAAGAGGCGAGUGCUGAAGGAGGUCUCCGUCUUCCUGAUGCUGGCCAACAUCAUUCUGUGGAUCAUGCCAGCAUUCGGUGCUCGUCCUCAAUUUGACCACCCCGCCCAGGCUGAUUUUUACGAUUUCAACAUGUGGGCCGCCAUCGUGAACGUCGGCCUCCCAUUCGCCAUCUUUUACCGCAUGCACUCCGUGGCCAGCCUCUUAGAAGUGUUUGUUAACUCUUAAGACAGGGGUAGGCAACCCAAAAUGGUGAAAGAGCCAUAUUGAACCAAAAAUACAAAAACAAAUCUGUCUGGAGCCGCAAAAAAAAUAAAAGCCAUGUUACAUACAGGUAGUGUGUCAUGAGAUAUAAAUUGAAUUAAGAGGACUUAAAGGAAACUAAAUGAGCUCAAAUAUAGCUACAAAUGAGGCAUAAUGAUGCAAUAUGUACAUAUAGCUAGCCUAAAUAGCAUGUUAGCAUCGAUUAGCUCGCAGUCAUGCAGUGACCAAAUAUGUCCGAUUAGCACUCCACACAAGUCAAUAACAUCAACAAAACUCACCUUUCAUGCACAACCUUAAAAGUUUGGUGGACAAAAUGAGACGGAAAAAGAAGUGGCAUAAAACACGUCCUAGAAAGUCGGAGAAAGUUAUACAUGUGAACAAACUACGGUGAGUUCAAGGACCGCCAAAAUUAGUAGGACAAAACGGCGCUCGCCAAAUACUCGAAUCAGUGAAGCAUGUUUAAUAUAAACAGUGUGCUUUAUAACAAUUAGGGAGGUUUGUGUCAUGUUUGUCCUCCCACAGGAACCAUAUUAAAACAAAAAAUAUAUUUUUUUCCCCCCCAUUGUUCAUACAUUUUUGAAAAAGCUCCAGAGAGCCACUAGGGCGGCGCUAGAGCCGCAGGUUGCCGACCCCUGUCUUAAGAGGACAACAAUUCCUUUAAUUUAUGAAAUCUUUUUUUAAAUAUAUUAUCCUAUUCAGGGUCACAAGUAAGCUGGAGCCUAUCCCAGCUGACUUGGACAAAAACAUGGACUGAUAUCACAAGGCUGACAUAAGUUGAUAAACCAUCACACUCACUGGACCAUUUUUUUAGUGUUCAGUUGUGAUAUCAUAAGUGAAGUAAGUGGGGGGAAAAAAGCCCACUCAAGUGCUACAAAACAUUCAAACACCAUUCUGUGCUGUGUAAGGCGGACACACAAUUGUACUGCCCCACCCAAUUGGUUAUAUCGUAUUAACGUGAAAUGUGAAUGUAUUGAUAUUUUCCAAAAACUAAAAUGUCUUGUAAAGUUGUGACUGAUGUUAUUCUUCAAUGUUUUUUUUAUGAAAUAAUAUGCUGAUUCUUAUACCUUGUAAAUGUUUUUAUCAUUUUCACAUGCUGAUGAAGAUAGAUGCAUUUAAUUUGCACUGUUUGUAUUUUUCAGCUUGUGUAUGUACAGAAUAAACACAAAAAAGUAAU